CGCCCGAUCCAGGCCUCACAUCUGCCCAGCGCGAUCUCUGUGAUCCCUGCGCGGGCCAAUGAAAGGCGAGUGUCUCAGAUCUGGCGCAGCUUCAAGACACCAACUUUGCAUGUCGGACGUCCAACUUUCUCGCUGCACCUACGACUCUUGCAUUUCCCAUGUUCCUGCAAUUGCAGAGGAAUGCCGCCUGGGUCUGAUUCAUUCGUCCACGCUGAUUUGUCGCACAGGAAUGAGACCGGGGGCCGAUUGGGUUCGUACGACGGUGAUCGGUCAACCAUGGUUUCAGCACUACGAAUGCGCAGGCAGCUACCCAACACCCUUGAUCCCUGCAAACGACGAUAGUUUAUGCGCAGCGCAUGCUCUACGACGGCCAUAAUUGUCAUGAUAUGUCUCUAUAUUUCAUUCUUAUCGUUGCGCCAUCCCGGCCCUUUUUCUCUCCGACUUUCAAGGGCCGUCUUCCAUUCUGUCCCUUCUUGUUCCUGCCUCUGUUUGUUCCGACUCUCUUCUCUCCUCAUGCUUCGCUUGACUCGGGGUCAAUGGGCCACUUCAAGUCGACCGAUGGACGUCAGUACGGUUCGCUCGGUGCAAUUCUCUGCUGCGGCGCGACCGUCGAUGACGACGAGCUUCAGCCCGGGACAGCCUUGGCGCCAUCUGGUAUAUGCAAUGAACAACCAUCUCCACGCCCUUCAAUGCCACCCAUGAAAUCAGUCAGAACGGGUGAAUCGCGCAUGAUCAAUGUGCCAUCGCUCGACACCAGACGCCAUGUCGUCACUCUCUCAGGACAGCCAGCCUUCCACGGAUCGGAAGAUUCUCACGAACCUUCUUGGCUUUCAACUUCACCUACUGCACCUUCCCCACGGAUUCGGUCUAUGAACGCUCUUUCACCGGCACCUUCAUAUACGAGGCCAUACCGAGCUUUCAAUCACACUGGAGUCCGAAGACAGAGCCUCGUGCCGUUACGACUCGGCCCGGUGGUACUCCGAGAUCUACCGAGCAUUGAAACCAACGACCCGACCCAUUCUGACCGGACUCUUGAUCUCGCGAAUUGUCGCUCGGAUUUUUGGGGAAACUUGGCGGAUGUCAAGGCAUGCCCAACGAGCGAAGUCUCAGCAGUCAACCCCGCCAACCCGCCUUCGCCAACUCGUUCGUCAACAAUCCCUCUGCCACGUGGGACGUCCAAGACCUCCACACCCUCUUUGAUGUCUCAACGAUCCAACGCGAGGUCACGCAAGCUACAGAAAUGCUCGGCAACGGAACUGCGCAGGAUCGAAUCCAAUCGCCUUGAUCAAGAGAUCCUCGAACUCGAUGCUAUAGUCAGAGAGCACAAGGCGGAAGCGGCUCGCACUCGUGUAUCAAAUCAGCACGUCGCCGCCGUCGCCCCAUCGAUGCACAUCAUGGCCAGAUCAGAGACGUUGGACGACAUUGGAUCUGCCCUCUCAAGGCCACUCACCGCCCAAAGCAGGUCGGACUUCGUCGGCCCGGACAGGCGCAGACCCGAGGGGCGUUCGCAAACACCAUACUCGAUGCAGACAGACUCGUGGUCGAGCUCAGCAGCUGCGGAUUGGUUAUACAACCUCUUACGAUCCUCUUCGCCAACCCGUACUGCUUCUGAUAAUUCCUGCUACGCGCUAGACGCCACUGAAGCGCAGCGACAGCAACGGCGAGAACGAGGUCGAAGUCACUCUGACGGGUUGAUGUCGGAGUCGUUUUUGAUAUCGGAUUCGUCGUCAGGGUCCUCCGCCGCCUAUUCGAUACACGAUUCAUGCCAUAGUCGAUCUGUUACGGAGGAGUCCAGGAGUUCAAGACUGUCGUCGCCCAUCACUCCUCCCUCCAGUCGACGAGAAUUCGACGGCACCCGUGGAUGCGAGAAGGAAGACUUGUUGCCGCCUGGGGCGAGCAUUGUUGACGAAGUGGGAGUGGCAUUGUAGACCAAUCGAUAUGACUAACAAGUGGGCAUCUAGAACAAUUUAUGAAUCGAG